AUGUCGAAGAAGCAGCGUUUUGAUGUUCCUGAAGAUGUUGUAGUGAUGAUUCUGAUGCGGUUGCCCGUGAAAUCUUUGAUCCGAUUCACUUGUGUGUCGAAACAGUGGCGUUCUAUUAUCAUCUCUGACCCUAAGUUUGCUAAACACCAAUUCGAACUAGCAUCACAGCAGAGAACCCUCUGUCGAAGAUUUCUCAUCUCCAGCUACCGUACACUUGAAACCCCCAAUCCUUUUGAUGAUGACAUUCCUAGGUUGCCCUCUCGGUUUCAAUCCUUGGGAGAUAGUUUCAAUGCUGCUUCAGUCAAAAAUCUCACCUUCCCAUCUGAGGAGAAUUUGCAACGUGCAAUGGCCUCGUGCAAUGGUUUGGUACUUCUAGGCCGAUCGUAUUACAGUUGUUAUGAAGAAUUGUCCAUCUGGAACCCAUCGACAGGUUUUCUCCGCAAAAUACCUAGUCCUAGUUUUGGUUCUGGUAAAAAGAAACCUGAUCGACGAAUGUUUGCAAAUUAUGGUUUUGGUCAUGUGUCUGCCACUGAUGACUACAUACUUGUGUUUGUAGUACCUUCACUGGCAGAUGCCUAUCAAGGUUGUGUAGAAGUCCAUGUCUUCUCACUCACAGCCAACUCCUGGAAAGUUAUCUCUGCUCCUAACUCGUCAUGCCAUGGCUGGGUUGGCGGACAGGGUUCUCUUUCAAAUGGAGCAUUUCAUUGGGUCAACUUCCGCAAUCGCAGGAUGUCAGACCCAGCUAUAUAUGCCUUUGAUUUGGUAAUGGAGGAGUUCCGGCAAGUGCCAUUGCCUCGUUUAAUCCAAAAUAAUGUCAAGUGUGUGGGACAGUUAACAAUGGUUCUAUUUGGAGGGUGCCUUUGCUUACAGUUUCGUAAGUCUUAUCAGUGUAGCGAAAUUUGGGCAAUGAGAGAGUAUGGGGUGCCUGAAUCUUGGGUCAAACUCUUUGAAUUUAGUACAUAUGAUUUACCAGAUGUGUUUCCUUCAAUGCGAUCUUUUGAUCCGUAUUGUGUUAUGGAAGGAGGUAAACUUGUGAUUAAGUUGUUUGACAAGGAGUUGGUUAUGAUUCAAUGCGGUAAAGAAGAGAAGCCAGUCUGCUGCGGCCGAUAUAGGCUUGAGGCAGUGCCUGGCUGUGAUUUUCAGUUUACUGUGACCGGAUAUGUUGAAACUCUGAUAUCAGUGCCUAAGUGA